UUAAAUUGUUCAAUUUUUUUUCUAGAUAUUGUUUGUUUUUUUGCUGCAAAAGGCAAAUGGCCAUUUUUUCCUAAUUUUAUGCAAGUUCAAGUGGACCAAGUUGGACGGUCAAUUUUUCCACAAAGUGACAGUUUCAUACGAAAUUACUGCCAGAAGUGGAUACAAAUUAAAGAAUGCUUUCGUCCUCAUAAUAUAAUUCCAGUUCCUCAAGAUCCUCCACCAGCACCAAUGACAGAACCACCUGAACCCAUUAAUACCGAAGUGGAGACAUUUCCAACUGAUCCUCCAACAACACCUUGUUCAUGUGCCCAACGAAAUAUUGAACAAUCUAGACCUCAAGCUCCUAUAGUGUUCUUUGACAAAAACUACAUUGGAAAUGUUAGUUCGGAUACAAUUAUGAAUACAAUUGAAUUUUUGCAAAGUUUCCUUCCUCCACCAACUAAAAAACCUAAAAGAAGGAACAAAAUUCGUGAUCGUAUUUAAAUAAUAAAUUAAUACAUUUUUUUUAUAUACAUAAUUACUCUAUCAAUGACUGCCGCACUAA